AUGUCGGGAAUUUGCCCUAAGUGUCGGAAGCAAGUCUCGGAUUCGGUGCUAUGUAGUCAAUGUGAUGAAAUGCUCCAUUACGGCUGCGCAGGAGUCACUGAAACCAGCUACCGCAAGAUGGGACCAGAGAAACGGGGUGCCUGGCGCUGCCUCAAUUGUCGUCAGUCUGCGUCUCAACUAUGCCCCUCGCCCGAGAACUGCAUCUCAAUUACAGAACUUAUGAAGGAGCUCAAGGAAUUUCGAAAUGAUUUCAACACAUUCAGCGCAGAUCUACAAUCGGUAAAAGCCGAUAUGGAAAAAAGUAUUCAAGCUAUCCAGACCCUAUCGGCAAAGUGGGGCGAUUUUGAAACAAGGCUAAGUAACGUUGAGGACAGGAUCAGCUCCGUCGAACAAAAGCUUUCAAGUUUGACUACAGUGCAGGACGACCUGUCUACCGCUAAUCGGACAAUCGAUGAUUUACGGAAUGUUAUCGACGUUCAAGAUCAAUUUUCCCGCCUCAAUAACGUCGAGAUUAAUGGAAUUCCAUCGAGAACCGGUGAAAAUUUGUUAGAGCUGGUGAAUAACAUCUUUAGUGUUGUGGGUCUCACUUUGGAUACUACAGACAUCGAUAGUGUUCAUCGGGUACGACCUUUUGUAAAAAAGAACGAGGAGGUAGGCCAAAAUGAAGGUAGGAAAACCGUACGCCCACCAGCAAUUGUAAUCCGCUUUACCCGGCGACGGCGCAAGGACGAGCUGCUUGCCGCAGCCCGAGCGCGUCGGGGUCUCUCCACGGUUGAUAUCCGGCUGGACGGACCUUCCCUGCCCAUAUUUCUCAAUGAACAUUUGACACCAUCGAAUAAAUUGUUACUAAGACAAGCACGCUCGUUAAAACAACAGUUUAAUUACUCUCAUUUAUGGGUUCGAGAUUGUAAAAUCUUAAUUCGAAAGAAUGACAAGUCUCCCAUUUUUACCAUUAAAAACGAGCGUGACCUAGGAAAAAUUAAAUGA